AAUGACAAGCCUAUGAAAGGUCUUCGUCAGGAGGACCUGGUGAACCAGGAUCUGAUCACAGAGCUGAGGAAAGAGUUCAGCAUGACACACGAUGACUUCUACAUGGUCCUCACCGACUCGGACAUGAGAGUCAAGCAAUCCUACGAGGUUCCCAUCGCCAUGAAGGCCGUUUUCGACUACAUCGACACCUUCUCGUCCCGCAUCCGAGAGAUGGAGCAGCAGAAGAGAGACGGAGUCGUCUGUAAGAAAGAGGACAAGCCCAGAUCGCUGGAGAACUUCCUGUCCAGGUUCCGCUGGAGACGUCGCCUGUUCAUCAUCUCCGCCCCCAACGACGAGGAGUGGGCCUACCAGCAGCAGCUCUACGCCCUCACCAGCCAGGCCUGCAACCUCGGUGAGUCACCCGAAAUUAACCCGUCACGUCACUCCAAAUCCGACCUGUGAC